AUGGGCUCCUCCGUCACCGUCACCCCCCAACCUCGCAUCCCCAAAGCCGGCGUCUGGUGCCCCGCCGUGACCUUCUUUGACCACAGCACCGACACCCUUGACCUCGAUGCCCAAAAGAAAUACUACCAGUACCUCUCCACGACUGGCCUGGCCGGCCUCGUCAUCCUCGGUACCAACUCCGAAGCAUUCCUCCUCACCCGCGAAGAACGCGCCCAACUCAUCGCCACGGCCCGUGCCGCCGUUGGCCCCGACUACCCUCUCAUGGCCGGCUGCGGUGCUCAUUCCACCAAGCAAGUGCUCGAAUUGGCCGAAGACGCCGCCGCCGCGGGCGCAAACUACAUCCUCGUCCUGCCCCCCGCUUACUUUGGCAAAGCCACGACCCCGGCCGUCGUGAAGCGCUUCUUUGCUGAUGUCGCGCGCAAGAGUCCCCUGCCCGUCGUGGUGUACAACUUCCCGGGUGUCUGUAACGGGGUGGAUCUGGACUCGGAGACCAUCACCGCCAUCGUGCGCGAGUCAGCGGCGUCGAGCGCCAAUGGGGUCUCGAAUGUGGUGGGUGUCAAGUUGACAUGUGGAUCGGUGGGCAAGAUUACCAGGCUGGCGGCCACCUUCUCCAAGGAGGAGUUCGCGAUCUAUGGUGGUCAGUCAGAUUUCUUGAUCGGUGGUCUGGCUGCGGGCUCUGCUGGGUGCAUUGCUGCUUUUGCCAAUGUGUUUCCGAAGACGGCAUCGAAGAUUUAUGAUCUUUAUGUUGCUGGUAAAAUUCAGGAGGCAGUUGAGCUGCAGCGCCAGGCAGCGCUGGCGGAGAGCCCCUGCAAGAGUGGAAUUGCUGCCACCAAGUACGCAGCUGCAAUCUUCUCGGCUCGUGCGGCAGGUAUUGAGGGGGCAGAGGAGAAGCUGAAGCCCCGGACACCGUAUGAGGAGCCGGCGGAGGGUGCGAAGAAGGGAGUACAAGACUUGAUGAGCGCGGUGGCAAAGGUUGAAGGAAGUAUAUAA